AUGUUGCAUAACGAUCUUCCUCGUUCUCGAUCUUCUGGAUCUCAAUCUUUUGACGUCCUCGUGAUUUCCUUCUCUCCAAACCUUGAAUCAAGGAAUUCGCUACUGUUCCGUAUUGAAUUCAAAUUCAAAUGGGGCCAAGAUCCUGAACUCACAAUGUCACAACCGAUUGAUUCUGGCAACAGGUUACAGAAAGUAUCUGUUAACUUUCAAACAAGAGUACGUCGUGUAUUGGAUAUCCAUAAAGCAUGUCCAUCAGACAUUAUGGAGAACCACAAGAAAGAAAAUCAAUUGCGUGGAUCAAAUCGCGUGAUUGAUCAAUUAGCUGAUUCUACAGUUUUUGUUGAGCAGAGAUGGAGGAACCUGUUUGAUCUUGUAGAACUCGAUUACAAUUCAGUGUCAUUCUUCGUUCUUAAGAAGAAACAGACUCCAAGUUCACGCUGGUUGAGAGUUGGGAAGGGAGCUGCCAGAGUAGGGAGAGGUUCAUCCAAGAAUGAGAAAGCUCGGAAACUUGUUUUAGAUCAUUGGCUUGAGUUAAUUGAUGUUCAGCAUCGCUAUGGACAAAAUCUUCGAUCAUACUUCAAAGAGUGGUUGCAUUCUUCAACCAUGGAACCCUUCUUCUACUGGUUAGAUAAAGGCGAAGGAGAGGACCUAAAUCUUUUGGAAAAAUGUCCUAGAUUGAAACUUCAGCAGCAGUGCAUCAAAUAUCUUGAUGAUAUCGAAAGGAAAGCUUAUGAAGUUAUAGUGGAAGAUGGGAAGCUAUACUACAAGCAGAGUCGGGAAAUCCUUGACACCACUGGAGAACCAAAUGGUGUCAAAUGGGUUUUUGUGCUCAGCACCUCUAAGACAUUAUACAUUGGACUGAAAACGAAAGGUGCAUUUCAUCACUCUAGCUUCUUGGCUGGAGAAGCCACGUCUGCUGCAGGGAGGAUAAUUGUUGAAAAAGGCACUAUUAAAGAAUUGGGGCGUCAGAGCGGCCACUAUCGACCAACUGAAGAAAAUUUCCAGGACUUCCUAUCAUUUCUUAGGGAGAAAAAUGUGAAUGUGACACACAUUAAGCUAAAUUCAGUGGACGACAAAGAACCACUAGGCCGGAAGCGCAGAUGUUUAUUGAGAAAUGACUCAUUCGAUGACAUUCCCGAUGAUAUAUUGGUGAUAGAAAAGGAUGACCUAGACGUCUCAACUUUAGAGAAGGUCUCUGUUGCUUCAGCAGAAUUAUCAUCCCAAAUGCCUUCUUAA